ACACAAUGAUGCUUACCCAUCAGUCGAACAAGCUAACGGGAUGAAGUUAUUCUACUCUGACAAUAAACAACCUUCGGUGAUCAAUUUUAAGCGAGAUUCCGCUUUGGACAAGAUGAAAUUACUAGAUGUACAACGAGAUCCAGUCACCGAAGUAGAAGAUCGUCGACCUGCUUCUUUCAUCAUUGGAGGUAGAACCAAGUUAAUCUCGGGGCCUAUCAGACUUGAUCAAGCAACUCAAACUGAACUUUUAUGGAAGAUGAUCAAUGGAACAGUAUCUUCGGAUGGGAGAUUAUCAUUCGGUCAGAAGAAGAAGAAGAGGGGAUUGAAGUUCAGACUUUGAAGGUAGUCAUCUGGGGAGAGAAAAGGAAAGAUAGUUGCAAAGUGAUUUUGAAGGAGUUGAUUUUGUUUUCUUAGCUCGAUUUGUUCGUUUCAGGAUUGUAGUCAUUUAUGUAUUUUGUUCUCUAUCCUCUUACCUACUUCUUUUUGCUGAUCUGUGGACCAGGAGAUGGAUAAUUUAUCCAACCUUUUUUUAUUAAUUCAUUACAUCUGUUUUCAUAAAUCUUUCAAUUUAUUGUUUUAUCGGGUAACUUGCCUUCAUCUAUAUUGACAUUAAGAAUCAUCGACCGAUAAUAAAAAAAUCCCUUUUUUCCCUCUCUCAAAGAAGCAACAAAACCAAAUAGAAACUAUUAGUUUUAUUCUUCUUUUGCUUCAUUCAUAUAAUUUAUUCUUAUUUUUGAUUUUCUUCGUCACUCCUUUAUAUGUUUUCUUUUUGCUGAAAAUUUGUUUAUGAAAGAGGUCAUUUAUCAGUAGAAGAGUUGCUCAAAUGUCUUUCUUCUUUGUCUGUUUUGGCUUUUGUCUUUUUGAUUUGUAUGUGUGCGCGGACUUGAUGAUCUGAUUGAAGUGUUCGAACAGACUACCUGUAACGGCUAAUUGGCUAAACAAUAAAUACUGACUCAAUCCAUCCUCG